CAAUAGGAUAAUAAAUUAAUGCCUAUUCAGGAGCACCGUAUAAAUAUCCCAGUUAAAGGCUCAAAAUUUGAAAAGAAAAUAAGAAGCAAGCUACCAUGAAGGUAUUAGCGUACUCUCUACUCUUCCUUGUGGCUUAUAGCUCUGCCUACUCGAUAUUUCCUAAUGUGGGAGCAGGAGCAAACCUACAGUUAAAUGGAAAAGUAAAUGCAGGAAAUGGAAGAAGUGUAGGAGCGGACAUAAAGAUAGGAGCAGAUGUAGGUGCAAAAGGGAAUGGGGGAUCAAAAUCAGGAAUAGGAGCAGGAGCAGGCAUAAAUAUAAGCGCAGGAAUAAAAGGACCGAAUGGCAAAUCAGGUGUAGAAGCGGGAGCAGGAGUAAAUGGAGGAAUAAGUGGAGGAUUCAAGAUUCCUACUCUACCUCAUCUUCCUUUCCCUCGUCCUCAUAUACCUAUUCCUAUUCCCAUAUUGCCUUGGGGAAGCAAAAGUACUUCCACUACCACUGAAAAGUCUACCUCACAUCACACUACUAUACACCCAACUGGAUCAUCCAGCGGUACUAAACCAUCUAGUUCUCCUAGUACUAUACAUCCGACCAAACCAUCCAGCAGUUCUAAACCACCCAGUACUCAGAGUACUGUACACCCAACUGGAUCAUCCAGCGGUACUAAACCGCCUAGCUCUCCUAAUAGUACACAUCCAACCAAACCAUCCAGCAGUUCUAAACCACCCAGUACUCACAGUACUGUACACCCAACUGGAUCAUCCAGCGGUACUAAACCACCUAGUUCUCCUAAUAGUACACAUCCAACCAAACCAUCCAGCAGUUCUAAACCACCCAGUACUCACAGUACUGUACACCCAACUGGAUCAUCCAGCGGUACUAAACCACCUAGUUCUCCUAAUAGUACACAUCCAACCAAACCAUCCAGCAGUUCUAAACCACCCAGUACUCACAGUACUGUACACCCAACUGGAUCAUCCAGCGGUACUAAACCAUCUAGUUCUCCUAGUACUAUACAUCCGACCAAACCAUCCAGCAGUUCUAAACCACCCAGUACUCACAGUACUGUACACCCAACUGGAUCAUCCAGCGGUACUAAACCAUCUAGUUCUCCUAGUACUAUACAUCCGACCAAACCAUCCAGCAGUUCUAAACCACCCAGUACUCACAGUACUGUACACCCAACUGGAUCAUCCAGCGGUACUAAACCAUCUAGUUCUCCUAGUACUAUACAUCCGACCAAACCAUCCAGCAGUUCUAAACCACCCAGUACUCAGAGUUCUGUACACCCAACUGGAUCAUCGAGCAGUACUAAAUCACCUAGUACUGAUUCUACUCCUUGUGAAGAAUCUAGUAGCUCUGCCUCACCAAGUCCUUCCAGUUCUGGUAAACCAACUGAAGGAUCUAGUAGCUCUGCCUCACCAAGUUCAUCCAGUUCAGAACAAUCUACCGCAACGUAUAGUAACUCUGGUUCACCAAGUUCUUCCAGUUCUGAAAAACCAACCGAAGCGUCCAGCAGCUCUAGUUUGCCAGAUACUGAUUCUUCUCCAUAUGAAGAAUCCAGCACCUCGACCUCGCUAGGUACUGAUUCUUCUCCUUACGAAGAAUCUAGCAGUUCUGCCUCACCAAGUUCUUCCAAUUCUGAAAAACCAACCGAAGCGUCCAGCAGCUCUAGUUUGCCAGAUACUGAUUCUUCUCCAUAUGAAGAAUCCAGCACCUCGACCUCUCUAGGUACUGAUUCUUCUCCUUAUGAAGAAACUAGCAGUUCUGCCUCACCAAGUUCGUCCAGUUCUGAUAAACCAACUGAAGGAUCUAGUAGUUCUGCCUCACCAAGUUCUUCCAAUUCUGAAAAACCAACCGAAGCGUCCAGCAGCUCUAGUUUGCCAGAUACUGAUUCUUCUCCAUAUGAAGAAUCCAGCACCUCGACCUCUCUAGGUACUGAUUCUUCUCCUUAUGAAGAAACUAGCAGUUCUGCCUCACCAAGUUCGUCCAGUUCUGAUAAACCAACUGAAGGAUCUAGUAGCUCUGCCUCACCAAGUUCUUCCAAUUCUGAAAAACCAACCGAAGCGUCCAGCAGUUCUAGUUUGCCAGAUACUGAUUCUUCUCCUUAUGAAGAAUCCAGCACCUCGACCUCACUAGGUACUGAUUCUACUCCUUGUGAAGAAUCUAGCAGUUCUGCCUCACCAAGUUCUUCCAGUUCUGAAGAACCAACUGAAGCAUCCAGCAGCUCUGCUUCACCAAGUUCUUCCAGUUCUGAAGAACCAACUGAAGCAUCCAGCAGCUCUGCUUCACCAAGUUCUUCCAGUUCUGAAGAACCAACUGAAGCAUCCAGCAACUCUGCUUCACCAAGUUCUUCCAGUUCUGAAGAACCAACUGAAGCAUCCAGCAGCUCUGCUUCACCAAGUUCUUCCAAUUCUGAAGAACCAACUGAAGCAUCCAGCAGCUCUGCUUCACCAAGUUCUUCCAGUUCUGAAGAACCAACUGAAGCAUCCAGCAGCUCUGCUUCACCAAGUUCUUCCAAUUCUGAAGAACCAACUGAAGCAUCCAGCAGCUCUGCUUCACCAAGUUCUUCCAGUUCUGAAAAUCCAUGUAGCAAAUGCAUCUGUCACUGUCCUCGCUGUUAGAUCCAUGUUCACUUUGGGAAGAACAAAGCGAAGUACCUAGAAACUCUUCCUAGUUCUUCCAAUUCUGAACAUACAAAAACCCAAGCACCCAAGAAAUCUAUCUUUACCGUUUAUUAUUAAUUAACCCUACGGAGCUAAAAUAUUAGUCAUAAAGAAAAAAUAAAAAAAAAAAAUAAAAUAUCUAACAAAAUGUAAUCAUCGAAAAAAUGCA